AUGAGGCUGGCAUCUGGCGAGGGCGGCAAGGGCAAAGGAGAAGGGUUGGCAGACAUGGCAACGCACUUCCUGUCCUGGAUUGGGGAGGUCUAUGUCUGGCAGUGUCUAUUCUGCAACAAUCAAUAUCGCAUUGAACAGAAUGCAAGUGCCAUCAAUGAUAGCCUGGGAUCGAUAUUCAAGACCCGACUCCUUCGAAUCCGGAAGAUGGUGGUCUUGCUGGAUCGAUUUAUGCAGCCGCGUUAUCUGAGCCGCGUUUGGUGUGUAUAUGAGAUGUACACUGCCGUAACAUCGCAAGAUGUGUCUGUGGAUUUCAUGUUGCCUCCUCAGCAAGCCACGGAAAUCCAAGAAAUGAUCCAGGCUGGUGGAACGAACCAAAUCAAAGAGGGCUUUGAGAACGUGCACUCGGAGAGCGCGACGGCUUUCAAACGGGAAGAUGAGGACAUGGUCAAAGAUGAAAUCCGUCGCAGUUCUGGAGGCUUUGAAGCGGUGGAUACUCAAGUCCGUGAGAAGAUGAAGGAGUGGGUCAAGCAGCAGUUUGACAGGCUCCUGAACGCGCCAUCGCUCUCAAUCAAGCGCCGCAGUGAGGCCGCCUUCCUGUUGCGUGCGGGGCUGGCAUCAGAGCUGAUUGAGAAGCUGACGAAAGCAGGCAUCAAAACCCAGGAUGAUCUGGAGGAG